GCCAGCCCCGCGCAGCUUGUGCGCAUGUUUUUGGAUGUGGCGGAGCAGGUCGUCCUCAUCAUUACAUGGUUGAUGUCCAAGAGGGAGAAGCGAGGAUCUGCAAAAAAAAAGAAAGAAAGAAAAAGAAAAAAAACAAUAACAGCGUUUAGAUCGGAGAGAAAGCGGGCGGCAUCAUGAGCAAAGUGCAGGGCGGGAUGAAAUGCGUGAAAUACCUGCUUUUCGUUUUCAACUUCAUCUUCUGGCUGUCGGGCCUGCUGGUGCUGGCUGUGGGACUUUGGCUCAGGUUUGACCCAGAGACAGUGGAGCUACUGACGGGCGACGGCGCCCCUGACACCUUCUUCAUAGCUGUGUACAUCCUUCUUGGUGCAGGAGGGUUGAUGAUGAUCGUUGGGUUCUUCGGUUGUUUCGGGGCUGUUCGGGAGUCUCAGUGUCUUCUUGCAUCGUUCUUCGCCUGCCUUCUGAUAAUCUUUGGAGCAGAGAUUGCUGCCGGUGUGUUUGGAUUCCUAAACAAGGAACAGAUUGUUGAGGAGGUCCAAAAGUUUUACAGUAGCUCCAUCGCUGACGUCUCCAAUACGAACGCCACUGCAAUCGCCCUCAUUUACCACAAAACUCUGAACUGCUGCGGAGGCUCCUCAUCAGAGACGUCUAACAUUCUGUGUGCAGAGGCUCCCGCCCAGGACUGUCUCACUGCAAUAACGGACUUCUUCAACGAGAAGCUCCACAUCAUUGGAUACAUUGGGAUCGGUGUCGCAGGAGUAAUGAUCAUAGGGAUGAUCUUCAGUAUGGUUCUGUGUUGUGCCAUCAGGAACAACAGGGAGGUUAUAUAGAUGGUGAGUUGCCCCCCCUUCACCCUCCCCCCCAACAGCCAGCCCACUACACCUUCCCCGCUCCCUUCAUAAUCAUAGGUAUAAAGGAGGGAGACACCAAAGUUACAUUUCAAUGUCAUUUCUCAUAGUCCAGAGUGAUCUGGUGGGGAGGUCCACUGAAUAGCACACACACACACACACACACACACACACACACAGAGUACAAUACAUCCCAGUUGUCCCAGAUUCAACCCAAUACGCUGGAUCGUUGUCUUCACACCUUCCCCUCAACUCCACCAGCGCUGAAAAUGAAUCUCUCCGUUCUCCUCCAUAACACACGCUCCGCUUUUGGCACAGCUCUGUGACAUUCCUCGGGUUUAACAUCUUUUUGUCUCGUUGCCGGUGCUCCACAGAGGCGACGGUGCUGCCCUGUAGCCACAACACAGCACAUGAAGCCUUCUUUGACACAGGAAUGUUGUGACUGAGGAGUAUUCCUGUAAAUACGGACGCCUAUUUUAUGCACUUGCUGUUAACGUUGUUUGUGCCCUUCUUAUGUAACCUCUCGGCCUUAUGCCAGUCAUACUUUGUGUGCUUAAAUGUUUUGAGGACUUGUCUACCUUUGCACAGUCAAUUUCCAUCAUGUGCCUAUUUUUAGUCACGCAGACAAGCCUCCAGCUGCUGUGCUAUUCACCGAUUCCUUCUGAUUUGAUCAUGUACAUAAUGACUGCGCUUGCUCCCAGCCGACGCUCUCAAGUAUUUCUACUUUAAAGCACAAUAGAGGAAGUGUAGACAUGAUAUCAACCCAAAGGGUUAGGAAAGGUCUGAUGAUAAACUGCCACUCUGUGAAUCUCCACAUUCAUCUAAAAGGUCAUGAGUAACACUACGUCCUCUGGAGCGCGUGUGAACUGUAACAGUGAGCUUGUUUUUGCAUUUUGUGUGAAUUAUUUUGGAUGUAAAUUUUGUUGGUGUGCCAAUAAGAUGUGAAUUAUAGAAUAAUAUAGUUUAUGUCAUGCUGUUAACCAUAAAAAAUAAAAAAAUAAAA